GUCAAAAUAUAUCAAAAGUACUAUGGUACUAGUAAACAAGUAUAAUGGAAUAAAUCGUAAUACACUGUAAAAAACAAAAAUAUUACAUAUGCUCGGUCGCAAAUCAAUAGUAAUUUGUUUUGGAGGAUUUCGACCGAAAUGGAGCCUGAAGAAUCAUUUUUAAAUAACGACGUAUUUAAUGUGCACGACAUCGCAGAAAUAGAAGAUUUCCUGAGCGGAUGUGAUGGAGAUUUUAUGAAAAAAUUAGAAGAAGAGCUGGCUUAUGUGGAUCCCGAUCCUGGUCUUUUGAAUAUAGAUACGAAAUUUAAUUCCAAUGUUUCAUCACCUCAACUAUCACCUUAUUAUAAUGCACCGGGGAAUCCCUUGGUGUCACAACAUCCUCGUAAUCGAAAGUCGCAAACUCAAGCUCCACAACCAAAGAGUAGUCCUGUAUUGGGUGUUUAUGGGAGAGAAGAAGGUUAUAAUUUGAAUAUAGAAGCUGAAAGCACCCCAUUGCCGGAUGUAACACAACAUGGCCCUAAGCAACCAGCGCAAACACCAAUGAUUGUGCAACAAGUGAUCCAAAGUCCACUAUAUGUCAACUUAGGUCAUGGAAGCUUACAAAAACUACCCAAUGGCAAGGGAUCACUCAUACAGUUGGACAAAGUGUCGCAGUUAAAUCAAGCAAAUAAAUCACAAAAACCUUCUCAGCCUUUGCUUCUACCAAAUAAUACGAAAGCAGUAACACCUGUUAUUUUAAAAAGUGAUUCUAAUUUCUCUCCUGUGAUAUUGCAAUCAAAUAUUAUAAGCCCUGAAACGCAGACUUUGAUGUACACAAGUGCUCCAGUACAGAGUCAAGGAAUCAUAACAAGUGCAAAAUCUGGUAGUGAGGGUCAGCCUAUACACACUUUCUUCACAAGUAACAAUGGUCCCACAUUGCUAACUACAGGUAUACCAGUUGUACUUGAUGGUGACAAAUUUUCCUUCAACCAAACACCAAAUUCUGCUCCGCCUAAAGUCAAAGAAGUUAAACGAAGUGCCCAUAAUGCUAUAGAGCGCAGAUAUAGAACAAGCAUUAACGAUCGAAUAGUAGAACUUAAGAAUAUGUUAGUUGGUGAAGAAGCUAAGUUAAAUAAAUCUGCAAUAUUAAGAAAAACUAUAGACUAUAUUAAGUACUUGCAAAAUCAAAAUACUAGAUUGAAGCAAGAAAACGUAGCUCUUAAGCUUGCUUGUCAGAAGUCAGGGGUUAAGGAACUUGUGUUUGACGGACCAUACACUCCACCACACAGUGACAUCUCAUCACCUUAUCACUGCUCUCAGGGUAUGGAUAGUGAUUCACCCUCAUCGCCAGAGUGUAAAAUGGAAGAGAAAUAUUCAAAAAUUAUCAUGGGAAUGGGAGACCAUUCGAGAUUAGCCUUGUGUGCCUUUAUGAUUGGACUAAUUGCCUUUAAUCCGUUCAGUAUUUUCUUUGGAGGAAUUAUGUCUGAAUCUUUUACUAAUGAUUAUUCAACAAGAGUUGACCAAAGAAGAAUUUUGUCAGAUGAUAGUUAUGGUUCAAGUACCUUAUCUUGGGGAAAUUGGAUAUUUAACACAUUAUUAAUAUAUCUCGUUAAUUUCUUCGUUCUUGGAGGCUGUUUAAUUAAACUCUUGGUUUAUGGCGACUCAGUUCCUAAAUCACAGUCCAAAGAGGCUGGCCUUUUUUAUAAGCAUAAACGACAAGCGCAUGAUUAUAUGAAAAAGAAAGACCUAACAAAUGCACGCUUAGAACUACAUCGAGCAUUGUCUUCUUGUGGUAAGAGUGUUCAAGCGAGUGGUGGGCAAGGUCAUGCCAAGUAUUCUGCAUUAGCAUCUGCAGCGUUAAGACAAGUGCUACAGCGUUUGCCUUUCGGUGGUUUUCUUGCAAGAAGAGCUGGUGACAUAUGGGGCGACAGCCCUGCACGUAGAGCGACUCAACACUGGGCAGCCGAAGUUUCGACCGUGUCACAUCGCCUUGCUCAACUCGAGAUUCUAUCGGGCGACAGCGGACGCAGUGAACGUGUACUCUUAGCAUUACAGGCGGUCAAUUUAGCUGAAGUUACGACAAACAAGCAACUUCUAGCUGAAACCUACGUCACCGCUGCAUUGGUAUUCAAGGAUUACUUGCCAAAAAUUGGGAACUGGCUGUGCGGCUACUACCUGCGGCUGUGCGUGUGCCGCUGCUGGGAGUGGUGCGGCGCGGGGGGCGCGGGCGGCGCGGGCGGCGCGCGCGUGCGCUGGGCGACGAGCGCGCGCGGCCAGCGCUACCUGCGCACGCGGCGCUGGGCCUACGACUCCACUCCCGCGCACGCGCUGUUCUCCCGCCUGCCCACCACCACCGACCCGCUGGCCUACGCUAUGAGGGCCUAUCACCUGGAAUUGCUCCAGAAAAGUCUUCAAAUGCUCCUCUGUGCCGACGAACGCAGCAACACUCGCGACGUACUGGAUAUGAUCAAAUUGAUCACUGACGACGUUUCUACCGAUGCACCGCACCAUACAGGCUGCUGGGACCCAGUGAUGGAGUGGUGGGCAAACAUCGUCGGAGUGGCGGCGACUUGGCUGCUGGCGGACUCUAAAAAUGCCGCUGAAAUUGGUGAUAAACUAAACUUGCUGCCGGAGGAACUUACCAACUGUGAAGAUCCUUUGCCCGGGGCUCUUCACGCGGCGUACAAAAGUCGGCGCGGUCUUCUAAGCCUCGCUCAGUGCAGAGAUGAAGCCUCCAUUGCAAGAACUUCGGAGACAAUACUCAAGGUGUGCGACAUUGCUGGAGCCAGACUAGCAGAUUCAUUGGCCUAUUACUGUUGCCGGAAACCCACACAACUUAUGAUGCUGCUGCAGGUGCUGUGUUGCGACUGGGUGCUGGAGGUGCGCGCGGGCGCGUGGGAGGCGAGCGCGCCGCCCGCCACGCCGCCCACCGCGCCCCCCGCCACGCCGCCCGCCGCGCCGCGACACCUGCGCGCCUUCCAGCGGGACCUGCACUCCCUGCGGCGACUCUCGCAGACCUUACCGUGGGUGACAUCGCGUGUAUUUCUGCACUCGGCAGUUUGUCGUAUGAUGGCGGGCGCGGCUCCGCGUCGCACGCAACAACUGUUGGAUGGCAGUCUACGUCCACGUUUAAAUCGGUCUUCAAUUAUAUGCGGAAAAGAACGAGCCCUGGAAGGCGGUGGCGGCGAAGGCGAGCGGGCGGUGGCUCUGUACAUGGCGUGCAAACACCUGCCGGCGGCGGUGCUGGCCGCGCCGGGCGAGCGCGCCGGCAUGCUGGCGCAGGCCGCCGCCACCCUGCAGAAGAUCGGUCACAGGAGUCGACUCCCUCACUGCUAUCACCUCAUGAAGUCCGUCGGAACUCUACCGUCUGUACCGUGACGAAAAAUAUAUUGACUCGGGUCAAUGAACAAAAAUGUAUUAUAUUAUAUUCAAUUAAAUUUUU